UUUACACGCUCUGGGAAGUCAGUAAGCAUUUGGAAUUAAACUACGAUUGACAGUAAGAAUAUUUUCGCGAGACAGAAUGGAGUUCUUCCUGUUUAUUGCACGGUUUUUGAUUUUCCCGAGUGUUAUUUGUCUAUCAAACUCAGAGAAGACGGAGAAGGUUCAAAUGGAUGAGCAUCAAAUACAAUAUAACUUGAUUGCCGAUGAAACCAACGAACCGAAUAAAUUUCAUAUCUCGUAUGAAGUGAGUUAUGGGGAAUUUAUUUUCAAAAGAUUUGAGAAGUGUCACAUAGUAGAAGAAGUUGGCAUCCGCGCAAAUGACAGUGAACUUUCGUGCAUCGGAAAAACCAAAUUUUCACGAAUUGGAGACGUUAAAAACGUUUCAAAUUUUAACGACUACACUUACAGCAGCAACGGUUUCAAUCACACUGGUGAAACAUUUAAAGUGAGCGGCAAUUAUUAUCGGGUAAAAGAGUUAGAUCUGAUGUAUGGACAGCAAGCAGAACCAAUUACUUUGAAAUUAAAUGCCACACCGGCUGUAAAACAACUUCGUUUCGACCGAGUGGAAAAGAGUCUGAUUGUUAAUUUUACAAUUGACUCCGCAUUUUUCGCAAUGAAUCGAACAGAGAAUUUCUCAGUGGGGAUCGACGAGGAAACAGGAAGUGAUGACCUCAUUUGUGUGGGUAGAGUUGUGCUCAUAGUCAGAAACUCGGAUACUUACCAGACCGUGCAGAGCGAAGUCUUUGAAUUGGACGAAGACUAUGCCUUCGUUUAUGUGAGCGAAGCUAAAUUUCUCACAAAUGACAACGGUACCAAUACCGAUACCGAUACCGAUACUUAUGUUUUGAUUUAGUCACUCCAAUAUUGAUUGAAUCAACGCAGUUCAAGCUAAAGUGAUCGUGGACAGCUGCUCCUAUGAAAUAGUUUCUUACAUUGUUUUACCGUUGUGUGAGACACUGUCAAGUUUCAGUAUCCAUUUAAGAGUACCACGAAUGCUUGAAGUGCGUUGAUUGAAUGCGAAAAACACAAAUUCUGAUUGUAAUGUAGUAAGCAAUAUGAAUAGACAGAGGAUUUAUUC